GUGAAAGAGAAUCACAGUGCAGAAACAGUGAUCGUAAUGGUCUUGGAGUCCACAAACACGUAUCAGGGCAAAAAUCAUUCAUGCAAGUUCACCAAGAGCUGGAGGAAGAAUUGGGGCGUCCUGUGUCAUAUGGAGAAGUGUUUAUGCAAACACACACAAGAGCAGAUGGUACUUUUGUGGAUGCUAAAGCCAAACAAGUAGCUGAGGUCUAUAAUAAGAGCAUAGAAGAGAGACUGUCUGAACUGGAUGAAGAUGGUGUAGACGCUUCAGAUGAUUCCUCUCAGCAGUCAACUCACCGGACUCUCACCAUUGAAGAAAAGAAUGAACUCUUUCUUAAGUGUACUGAAACAGAUGUGAAGGGGAACUAUUUUGGCAUUGGAUCUCUUAAGGUGACCCUUAAGAAAGGGAAAAGAAAAGAAAGCUAUGCUAGCAGCUCUUCUUCCUCCAUUACUAAGCUUCAUGAUCAACUUCGUCAAAAGAUGGCUGAGCACGACGUAGAGAAUGCUCGAAUUGCAAACUUGGAGAGGCUGGUAAUGUAUUGGAAAGAGAGUGAUCCUGCCUUUGCAGCUUUUGUUGCAUCUCAGCCACAACCAACUGCACCAGCCACCACAGCAGCUGCCAAUGCAACAGCCACCGCCAAUGGACCAGCCACAGCCGCCACUGCACAAAACAAAGCAGAAGAAAUGGCUGGAGAAACCAAUCCAGCCACUGCACCAACAGGAACCGUCGCAGCCACACCGACACCUUCUCCAUCAUUCUAA